AUAUAUCUACCUAUUUUCCAGAAACAGAAGGAUCGGGACGAAGUAAGAUAAAAGGAAGAUCGGAGGAGAUGGCAUCGAGCGCGGCGGUUCCGUUCUGGAGAGCGGCGGGGAUGACUUAUAUAACGUACUCGAACAUUUGUGCGAAUCUGGUCAGGAAUUGUCUGAAGGAGCCUUUCAAAGAAGAAGCCCUAAGUCGCGAGAAGGUUCACUUCUCUAUCUCCAAAUGGGCUGAUGGAAAGCCUGAGAAACCAAUUUUGCGUUCAGACACACCUGGAGUUUGAAAUUUUUAACGUUUAAGGUUAAUAACGGUGCGGGAGCAAGAAACUGUUGUGUUACCUCUGCAACAAAGAUGAUUUUUUUCUAUCUACUUUGAGAUUGUUAGCAAUGGCAAUGAAGGUUGAGUGAGAUACCCUCAUUCCUAUCUUAAUAAUCAAAGGACAAUUCUUUAUGUUUAUCCUUUUGUUUUGCGUCCAAAACUCUUUGCAUUUUUUAAAAAUAAAAAUUCCUACUCUUCUUAUA